AUGUUCAACUCUUACGCUCCAGAAGUGCCACCGGACAAUAAAAGGAGGAAGAAGACGUCUCCGUCAUUGUCUGGGUUAUCAUUGUUACCAGAUGAGAUAGCUCUUAUAUGUUUGGCUCGCGUUUCGAGAUUUGACCACGCGGCCUUAUCUCUCGUUUCCAAGAGCCACCGCUCACUCGUAGCUUCCCCUGAGCUCUUCUACUUGAGAAGGAAGAUGGGUUGCACUAACGCAUCGCUUUACGUAUGCAUGUGCGUCUUGCCUGACCCAGCUCCACGCUGGUUCAUCCUUACCCCUAACCGAUGGCUAAACCCCAUCCCGUCGAACCCUUAUCAGGCUCCGGGUUCAUCUUGUUUCGUGGCGGUGGAUGGGGGGAUCUAUGUUAUCGGUGGACUCAUAGACGACGGUAUUCCCACUUCGGAUGUCUCGUUUCUCGAUUGUUACUCUCACACAUGCAUGGCACCGUGUCACAUCCAUGAAUACACCUCGAGCUUCCGCAUUGGCAAGCUUAUUAGACGGGAUUAUAUACGUGUUUGGAGGGUCCAAGCAGUACGAUACAUGGGGAGAGAGAGUUUGGACCUUUGGUCUGCCGAGAUUUCCUUGGAGAGACGCGUGGGAGGCGAGAUUUGGGGGAAGAUUGAGUGGUCCAAUGUUGUCUUUAAAGUUGAUCCUUUCUUACACUCAUCUCAUAGCGUUAAGGUCUUAUAUGCUGCAUCUGUAUAUGUCUGA